UUUUCGUCCCGUGGAGUCGUUUUGGUCGAAGGAGGGAGAGAGAUGCUGCGCGCGUUGGUCGGCCGUUCACCCCGGGCCGUCGGCCUGGUUGCCCGCGGGGCGAGGAGCUACUCGGCGGCGGCGGCGCUUCCAGCCCCCGACACCCAGCCCGACAUUCACUACAACAAGAUUUUUAUUGAUAACGAUUGGCACGAUGCUGUUAGUAAGAAGACCUUUCCUACCAUCAACCCUUCCACCGGGGAGAUUAUCUGCCAGGUCGCCGAGGGAGCUGAGGCCGAUGUGAACAAUGCCGUAAAGGCAGCAAAAGAAGCCUUUCGACUUGGAUCUCCGUGGAGAACAAUGGACGCGUCACACCGAGGAGUUCUCCUGAACCGCUUGGCUGACCUGAUUGAGCGUGAUAAACGCUAUUUGGCAUCGCUGGAGACCUUAGACAGUGGGAAACCUUAUCAAAUGACCUACAAUGUGGAUCUCGAUAUGGUUAUUAAAUGUUACAGGUAUUACGCCGGCUGGGCUGACAAAUACCAUGGAAAGACCAUCCCUGCAGAUGGCAACUUCUUCUGCUACACAAGACAUGAGCCAGUUGGUGUGUGUGGACAGAUCAUUCCGUGGAAUUUCCCAUUGUCGAUGCAGGCCUGGAAACUUGGGCCGGCCCUGGCAACAGGCAAUGUGGUGGUGAUGAAGAUGGCGGAGCAGACUCCCCUGACGGCACUCUACGUAGCAAAUCUAAUCAAGGAGGCGGGAUUCCCCCCAGGUGUUGUGAACAUUAUUCCCGGCUAUGGGCCUUCAGCAGGGGCAGCCAUUGCCUCUCACAUGGACGUUGAUAAAGUCGCAUUCACUGGAUCCACCGAGGUUGGCCAACUGAUCCAGCAGGCAGCAGGGAAAAGUAACGUGAAGAAAGUCACGCUGGAGCUGGGCGGGAAGAGCCCGAAUAUCAUCCUCUCUGACGUGGAUUUGGACAGUGCAGUUGAGGAGGCGCACUUUGCUCUGUUCUUCAACCAGGGACAAUGCUGCUGUGCAGGAUCUCGCCUUUAUGUGCAGGACUCCAUCUACGAUGAGUUUGUGGAGAAGAGUGUGGAGAGAGCCAAGCGCCGCACAGUGGGAGAUCCAUUUGACCCGAAGAAUGAGCAGGGCCCACAGGUGGACGAGGAACAAUUCGGGAAGAUUCUGGGAUACAUCAGCGUUGGGAAACGAGAAGGAGCCAAACUGCUGUGCGGAGGAGGGGCUGCAGCAGACCGGGGCUACUUCAUCCAACCCACUGUGUUUGGGGACGUGAAGGAUGACAUGAUCAUCGCCAGGGAAGAGAUCUUUGGGCCUGUGAUGCAGAUCCUGAAGUUUAAGACUAUGGAGGAGGUGAUUGAGCGAGCGAAUGACAGCAAAUAUGGGCUUGCAGCUGCAAUCUUCACCAACGACCUCAACAAGGCAAACUACAUGUCUCACAGACUGCGAGCAGGGACGGUCUGGAUAAAUUGUUAUGAUGUGCUUGUACCUCAAGCACCUUUUGGUGGAUUCAAAUCUUCAGGCAUUGGGCGGGAGCUUGGAGAGGACGCAUUACAGGCUUACACAGAAAUAAAAACUGUGACCGUGAAGCUUCCUCAGAAGAGCUCUUGAGCCAGGGACCAAUUGGACACUUGGCUCCUGUUGUCUUUUCGGACGCAGAUUCUUGAAGAAAAGCUUGAGGCAUUCAACUAAAGCAGUUGUUUCAGCUUGUACAGUAUGAAGCACGACUCUGUAAUCCAAUCGAUUGAACUCUAAACCUGAUCAGCAAUACAAAUAUAACAGCAACCUCAGUGCUUAAAAGAAAAUAAUUGUGCAAUCUGUAAAUUAGUCAGGGGAGUUUACUGUAUUUACAGUUCUUGAUUUGUGGAGGGAAGAGAGACUGACUCCAGUCGCUAAUGAGGGUUUGGUGUUUUCUCAAUCCCAAGAGUUUGGAUGUGAUUUUAUAAGAACAUAAGAAUUAAUAAUAAUAAUAAUCCCUCCAAAAACAAAAACAAUAAUAAAUUGGUCAUUUUCAAUCCACGACUGUUUGUGGGACACUGCUGUGCGCAAUUGGCUGCCGCGUUCGCCCACAAAUAUACAGUCAAUUCACUUUGCAGUAUAUUCUGUGAAGCGCUUUGAGAUGUCUCGAAGACGUGAAAAGCGCUAUAUCAAAUGCAAGGAUUAUUAUAACAUAAGAAUUAGGAGCAGGAGUAGGCCAUUCGGCCCCUCGAGCCUGCCCCGCCAUUCAGUAAGAUCGUAGCUGAUCUAUUCUAACUCCACCUACUCGCCUUAUCCCCAUAUCCCUUAAUCCCUGUAUCCACAAAAAAAAUCCCUUUAUCCACAAGAAUUUCUGACCAAACUCUUGCAAAUAAAACAUGUCGGGCCUUUGAUUGGCCUCAAUUGGGAUCAGGGGAUGAGUUUUGAAUAUUCUUUAAACACGGUGAUGGGUUUCCAUAUAUCAGACACUCAGAAGAAAAAUGAGGGGCUGCAAUUGGCGGAGUGGGCAGUGGAAAACAGCAAUGCGAUCCCCAAACAGUAGAGUUUGGGUUGACUUGUUGCUGACCUCAAAAGUGAUGAUGGGCGGGUGGGGUGGGGUGUGAUGGUGUACAAACAGCCCCCACCGAACUCUCCCCUCACUUUUUUUUAACCAUGCUUUGAUCAUAACACGAUUUAGGAUUACAAGGAUUCUGUUUUCAUUUUGCGCUGAUGUGUGCGCGCGUGUGUGUGUGUGUGUGUGUGUGUACUCUUCAGCUGUCCAGUAGAGAAAGCAUUGUCCUUUUCAUUUUUAUCCUUCACUAGCACGUACCAUGUAUCGUACAAAUCGCAAUAAUAGGCACAUGCAAUAAAGUCACUCAACCGA